AUGGACAAAACUGACAAAUGCGACAAAACUGAAAAGUGCGACAAGACUGACAAGUGCGACAAGACUGACAAGUGCGACAAGAAACAAGAACAAGAACAAGAAAACCGCGCGGACGAAGGCGACAAGCCCAAGCCAUGCUGUGUUUGCAAGCCCGAGAAGGAGGAGCGUGACACCUGCAUCUUGUUCAACGGACAGGACUCCGACAAGUGCAAGGAGUUCAUCGACAAGUACAAGGAGUGCAUGAAGGGCUACGGCUUCGAGGUCCCAAGCGCGAACUAG